AUGGCCACGCGACGCGGAGGACGCAAAAAUGCGAAGAAGGGAGUGCAGUUCACACUCAUGGUUGUCGGUGCUUCUGGAACUGGACGCACAACGUUCGUCAACACCCUUUGCGAAUCUGAAGUGUUGAGCCAUAAGAUUUCGGAUAAUCCGGAGUCUGCUCAUAUCGAGGAGGGCAUCAAGAUCAAACCCAUUAAUGUUGAACUUGAGGAGGAUGGCGUCCGAAUCGCGCUCACAAUUGUUGACACUCCGGGUUUCGGGGAUAACAUUGACAACGAAUCUGCGUUCCAGGAGAUAGUUGGCUACCUUGAACGCCAAUAUGAUGACAUUCUCGCCGAGCAAUCCCGUAUUAAGCGCAACCCCCGGUUCCGUGACAACAGGGUUCAUGCUUUGCUUUACUUCAUACCCCCUACUGGACAUGCUCUUCGUGAAAUGGAUAUUGAACUGAUGAAGCGUCUUUCUCCACGUGUCAAUGUCAUCCCGGUCAUUGGAAAGGCAGAUUCCAUGACACCAAGUGAGUUGCGAGGGUUCAAGAAGCGUGUCAUGGAGGACAUUGAGCACUAUGGCAUCCCGGUCUACAAUUUCCCCUAUGACGUCGAGGAAGAUGAUGAAGAUACUAUUGCGGAGAACGGCGAAUUGCGAAGCCUACUUCCUUUCGCUAUUGUGGGUUCUGAAGAUGAGAUUGACAUUGGGGGCCAGCUUGUGAGGGCUCGCAUGUAUCCUUGGGGUAUUGUCGAGGUCGACAACUUGAAGCACUCCGAUUUCGGCAGAUUGAGGAGUGCAUUGCUGAACUCACACUUGGCUGAUCUCAAGUCGUUGACUGAUGACGUCCUCUACGAAACAUACCGUACUGAGAAACUCUCAAGAACAAUGCAUCCUACCGAGAACGAUUCGUCAAUUUUACCUGAUGAACUUGCUACACAGUCAGUUCGCCUCAAGGAAGAACAGUUGCGCAGGGAAGAAGAGAAACUCCGCGAGAUCGAGCUCAGGGUUCAGCGGGAAAUCAGCGAGAAACGCCAGGAGCUCGUCGCAAAAGAAGAGGCACUCAGGAAUUUGGAAAGUCGUCUUGCUGCUCAGGGCAGCAUGUCCGACUUUUAA